AUGGCAAUAAAUCUCCCAUUAGCUAGGACAGGAUUUGGAGAUCCUGGUCAAGCAAGAGCCAUACUACGAAAAGCCAUCGGAGACCCCUGCACAGCCUGCGUUCACUCCAAGGCCCCUCCCCCUGCACACUGUUAUACUUCUACCAAAACUUGCCCUAAUGGGCAACAGGCAGUUACACUUAUGCAAGGGACAGAAAAUGGAUGCCCUGGGAGAGUUCUCUCUCACCAUUGUUGGCCAGGCCCCAAAAUAUCUUCACCUGCCCAAGGGAAAUCCCCCUCUGAGUGUCCUUGCACCACUUUUCUUGCCUCCGUUCAUGCUCAAUGCUAUCAGGAGGUUAUCCCCUGCACUCACCGGAACAAAACAUUCUGGUAUGCAACUCUGAUAAAACACAAGGAUGAAUAUGCUGACUGUCGAAAGAAUAGGGGAGAGAAUGUCUGCUGGAAUAAAUUUGCCCCAAAGGUGCCUCUGAUAGGGGCAGAGUCCAAGAUCAGGCUUGACAGUACCAAAAUUAAAAAACUGGUAGACAGGCUGAUUGAAGACCAAAAUCCCCCAAUUUACCACCCUCUUAGCCUCCCGGAAAUCAGGGGAGAAUUGCUUCUUGAUCCUGAGACACAAUCAAUCAUACAGGCUGCUUUUACCUUACUCAAUAGAACCAAUCCCCAUUUAGCUAAGGAUUGCUGGCUGUGGUUGAGGCCGGGAGCAUUACAAGCCAAUGCUCUUCUUGUUAACCUGUCACAGACUGAGCCCCAGUGCCAGCUGUUACCCCCAAGUUCUAGAGUCUAUCUAGACCCUCUUUCCCCUAAAGGCCCAUGCUUCAAAGUUGACCCCCGUACUGAUAAUACUAGUAGGAUAGAUGUAGGUCGAAUCCACUAUUCUUUUUGCCAACAAAAUAUUACUGUGAACAAUACCUUUCUCUGUCCCCCCAAUGGAACAGUCUUCAUUUGUGGGGAAGACGCUUUUGGCUUUCUCCCGACAGACUGGAUGGGGCUUUGUGCUCCAGCUGUAAUUUGCCCUGACAUUGCAGUGGUCCCUAAUAAUCAGAGCCUCCCUAUUCCUGCUUUAGACCACAUUGGAGGUAGAUCAAAAAGGGCCAUCCAAGUUAUCCCCCUGCUUAUAGUCCUUGAGGUGGCCACUGGAGCUGCCACUGGGGCAGCAGGAUUGGGGACCUCUCUGCAUUAUUAUAAAGCCCUUUCUCAACAGAUGAUCGAUGAUAUACAAGCUGUAGCCAGCACAAUUCUUGACCUCCACGCACAAUUGGAUUCCCUUGCGACAGUAGUCCUACAGAACCGUAGGGGGCUUAAUCUCCUCACAGCUGAAAAGGGAGGCUUAUGUCUCUUUUUACAGGAAGAGUGCUGCUUUUAUGCGAACCGCUCGGCAUAG